AGCAUGUGUCAGAGCCCGUUCCGAUGUCACGAAUCUAAACAUUAAAAAUGGUUUCGAGAAACCUGUUCGACUUUCUUCGUUUCAGACAAUUUUAUCAAUUUCAAACAAUUUCAGUCUCUUCGCUGUAUGGCACAAAUCGCGCGCAGUACUGUCAGUCUAAACAAGGAUACGUGAAGGCUUGGGACGCCAGUCCGCUUCCAUCUAAAUGGAUCCGGUCGUACUGUACCUCGGCCAAAUUUCUGCACUGCCGGCAAGUUCGGCUCUUUUCGGCUGUUUCUGGAAAAGGUUCUAGCAACGAACAACAGCAGAAUGCUCCCACACCGCAGUUGCUUUCAAAGCUAUUCCCUCAAACCGCCGUUGAAGGUACGGAAAAUGAACAGCAGCAAGAGAAGCAUCGGAAGGAGGAGGAGGCAGAGAAGGAAUCAUCUUGGAAGAGGAUGAAGUUCGGAUUCGUCUUCUUUGGAUUUUCCGUGUCCGCUUUCUGUGUGUACACGGUAUGGGUGUUUGGUGCGCCUGACCGAGACGCAGAGGGUAACAUUAUCGUCGAUGAGUUCAUGGAACUGCCCACCUUUCAGCAAUAUUUCCGUAGGAUGUGGAAAUCGAUGACCUAUUACCAAAAAAUGAUUCAAGAACCGUCACGCGAAAAACUAUUGCCCGACCCGCUGAAAUAUCCGUACGUUCAACCACCCUAUACGCUUGUGCUUGAAAUGAAAGAUGUGCUGGUACACCCAGACUGGACCUACCAAACUGGCUGGCGUUUCAAGAAGCGUCCCGGCGUCGACAAGUUCCUUGAAACGCUGGCCGCAAACUAUGAAAUUGUAGUGUUCACCGCCGAUCAAGGGAUGACAGUGUUCCCGAUACUGGACGCUCUUGAUCCUCGGGGCUACAUAAUGUACCGUUUGGUGAGGGAUGCUACACACUUUGUCGAUGGUCAUCAUGUGAAAAAUCUGGACAACCUAAACCGAGACCUAAGUAAAGUGAUCGUUGUCGAUUGGGAUCCAAACUCUACCAAACUGCACCCGGAGAAUACCCUAAACAUACCGCGCUGGACCGGUAACGAUGACGAUGCUGGGCUGUUCGAUCUUAUGGCUAUGCUGGUGACGAUUGCUACGAGCGAGGUUGAAGAUGUACGUGAUGUGAUGACUUAUUACAAAUCGUUUGAAAAUCCAUUAGUAAAAUUCCGCGAAAAUCAGCGUCUCCUAGCUGAACAAAUGGCCGAACGGGAGCACGAGGAAAAGCAACGUAACCUGCCAGCGGUACAGCGAUGGAGACCGAGUUUUCUGGGUGGCGGACGCUAGAUACGCUGGGAAAUACAAAUAAAGGCCAUAGCAUGUCGUAUUUGCCGUUAUCAUGUCCAAACAUACAAAAA